UGGCCUCUAGCCACUUCCCUCGUGUCAUGGCCCCGAAACGGCAAUCUGCGCUUCUGCCUCAGUCCAAGAAACCCAAAUCGGCUCCGUCCCCGAAACUGGAGGACAAGUCUGCCUCUCCCGGCCUGCCGAAGGGAGAAAAAGAACAGCAAGAAGCAAUUGAACACAUUGACGAAGUGCAAAAUGAAAUAGACAGACUUAAUGAACAAGCAAGUGAGGAAAUACUAAAAGUAGAACAAAAAUAUAACAAACUCCGCCAACCGUUUUUUCAGAAGAGGUCAGAAUUGAUCGCUAAAAUCCCAAAUUUUUGGGUAACCACAUUUGUCAACUAUCCACAAGUGUCUGCACUGCUUGGGGAGGAAGACGAAGAGGCUCUGCAUUAUUUAACCAGAGUUGAAGUAACAGAAUUUGAAGACAUUAAAUCAGGUUACAGAAUAGAUUUUUAUUUUGAUGAAAAUCCCUACUUCGAAAAUAAAGUUCUCUCCAAAGAAUUUCAUCUGAAUGAGAGUGGUGACCCAUCCUCACAGUCCACUGAUAUCAAAUGGAAAUCUGGAAAGGAUUUGACAAAACGCUCGAGUCAAACACAGAAUAAGGCCAGCAGGAAGAGACAACACGAAGAGCCAGAGAGCUUCUUUACCUGGUUUACUGACCACUCUGAUGCAGGUGCAGAUGAGUUAGGAGAAGUCAUCAAACAUAACAUUUGGCCAAACCCCUUGCAGUACUAUUUGGUUCCUGAUAUGGAUGAUGAAGAGGGAGAGGCAGAAGAUGAUGACGAUGAUGAUGAAGAAGAAGGCUUGGAAGAUAUUGAUGAAGAAGGAGAUGAAGGUGAAGAAGAUGAAGAUGAUGAUGAAGGGGAAGAAGGAGAGGAGGAUGAAGGCGAGGAUGAAGGAUUCCCUGAGCUCCGUCUAAUGAUUUGCUGUGGUCUCUGCAUCUGUUCCUAUCAGCAGCUGGAUGAAACGUCUCUGAUGACUGUUAUGCUAGAUACUGGUCUGGUUACAUAA